UCUUGAUCGACGCGUGUGCGAUCCGCUCCGUGCGAAGAGAGGAAUUCGUCUCGGAAUGAGCGAGGGGCGGUGAGGCUCAGCUCGGACUCACGCGCUCGGCGUCACGACGCGACGCAGCGCGACGGCGGAAACGCGCGGGCGCCUAGGACGAUUUCGACGACGCAGUAUAGGUAUGUCGCACGGCACGCAGACGUCCGUCCAAUUCUCGUCGGCGUCGCACGUCCACCAGGACGCCGCGACGACGACGACGCCGACGACGCCGCCGACGACGCCGCCGGGGACCACCCCGCCGGACGAGCCGCCGGAGCUGGCGAGGCACUUCCGCACGGGUAACCAGCGCGGCAUCGCCGCCUGCCUCGACCAGCUCAAGAGCGACUCGGAGCACCGCAAGAAGCUGUUCGAGCGGACCGACUGCCUCGACAUCCUCGUGCAGCUCCUGCGCAGCGACAACCAGCGGAUCGUCGACAGGAGCCUGAGCGUACUCGCGGAUGCUUGCAUGACCGACGACGUCAGGAAGAAGGUAAGGAACAGCAAGAUAGGAUUCAACGUAGUGCUCAUAAUAGAGAACCUCGAGUCGAAUGCCAUGCUGCACUGUCGUGCUUGCAGGCUCGUCGGCAACUUGUCCGAGUGUAGAUGGCACGCCGAGAAAUUGUGCAAUGCCGGGGUAAUAAAGGCACUCGUGGCACUUCUGCAGUCGAAGACCGACGAACAAACUUAUUGCAUGGCCGUCAGAGCUGUGAGGAAUAUCUGGAAUGCAGGUAGUUGUGGUAGUUAUGGAAGUAAUGGUUAUUAUAUGCAAAUAGACGUCAGGAAGACGAUGCUGGAGUUGGAAAUUAUCAAACUGAUCGCUCAAUUAUUCGUCACGGCCGAAAAGAAGUCCAACGUGGCCAAGUACGACAAACUCGUAAACGCGUGCCUGAAGGCCAUGUGCACAUUUCUCAUUGACUAUAACAAGGCAUGCGGCAAGCAGAUGUGUGUGAGCAAGGAUAUGUGUGGCUACAAGUGUCUCAUGCGUUGCUGCAGCACGGGCAACAAGCUGGCUGUCAAAUGCCUUUACGUUCUCUGCUCGAUAUUUGAAUGUCGAUUAGAUCUUGGUAUUUCCGGCGCGGUCGAGAAGCUCGUAGCGCUGAUAAGCACAGCGGACGCCAACUCCAGCUUUUUGAGCGAGGAGAUAAUGCACUGUCUGAAUUUGUUUUGUUGUGAUUCGGUGAAUCGAAACAGGAUCCAGCAAGGCGAUGGACUGCAGCUGAUCGUGACGAUGUUGAGCAAGCCCGAGUACGAGCGUCACCAUUAUACAUUGUUGAUGGGUCUCUCAAUGUUUGUCUACGACGAGAUAAGCCUCGACAUACUGACGAAGCACGGCAUAGUGGAGGUCCUGGUAGGGAAACUGACCAGUGUCGUGGCUAAGAACAACGAGAGGAACAAAAUAUCGAGAAAACGUCCCAGCGAUUCCGUGAUAGAGGAUCAUUACCUGGUUGUGGAAGGCAAGAGGCCUAACAAGUUUCCCGCCUUGUGCUACAACAUAGAUCGCCGCGACGAUUGGAGUCCGAGGAGCGCGACGAGUGGAGCCUCCUCCUCGUCGUCACCCAGCACACCGCCCUUGCCACCUUACUCCGAUUUCAAUACGGAAAUUGACGAUCUCGAAGAUAACAUUUACAGUCCGGUUUAUAGCGAUAAGGAAUGCGACAAUGAAGAGGAAGAAGCUGCUUCCCCUAGGAGCUACAAAUCAUUAACCGUUGAAGCAGACUCCGAUUCCUGGUCUCCUUGCCACCACAACGUUCAGACGUCCUCGCAAACGGAAUCUAGCGAAUUUUAUACAUUAUACAUGCUAAAUAGACUGACUUUAUACACCGAGCCCAUCAACAAAUUAGCCGAAGCCACGACUAUCAAAGGGAUAAUGAAUUAUAUAAAACACACAAAGAAGCAAUACCUAAAAGAGAAUGCAAUUAAAGUAUUGAGGAGGAUCAUGGGGAACGUGGUGUACUUCAUGCCGUUGCUGAAGCAGGGGUGUGUGUUCGAAGUGCAAACUCUGCCGGAAACGAGAGAGUACACACGCUAUUUGCGCACGGUGGCGGAGACCGGCGGUGCCAUUGGUCAGCUAUCGUUUACAUUGUUGCGCGGCGAAGAGGAGCAGAAGCUGCUGACCGCGGUGUCGAUACCGCUUCUCAUUGAAACGAAGUGUACUCUCAAGUGCUUGCUGAAGAAAUACGGUGGGCUGCAACUGAUAUUCCGACUGCUGGCGGACUCGUCGAACAAGUUACACAAGCGGGCAAUCUGGUCGAUCUGCCAGUUGGCGAAAACGCUCAAGAUCCAUUCGGACGAUUACUCGACCGCCGAGACGGCGACGAAGGUCGGCGAGCUGUGCGAUUAUCCGGAACUGCCUCUCCAGGAGACGAGCCGCACAAAAUCCUCGAUGGUGACGUUCGAACUGGACGACGGCACGACCAUUCAGGCUUGCAGGCGAAUGCUGUGCCAAUGCUCCCCCGUCUUCUCCGUCAUGCUGGAGGGUAACUUCAGUGAGUCGAGUAAAAAGCGAAUACGACUGAAGAACUCGUCGCGCAAAGGCCUGAAGACGCUGAUACUAGCGGCGAGCGGCGGCGCUAGCAUUGUAUAUACGUUUGAGAAACAAAGCAUCGAGUCGCUGUUGGACGCCGUGCUGCUGGCAGACUAUUUCCUCAUGCCGGACCUGGUGGACACGCUGACUGAGAAAUCCAUAAACAGACUAAAUCAUACGAACUUCUACCAAGCUUGGCGUUGGGCCAGAAACCACUCCUGCCACGAAUUCAGAUCUUAUUGUGUCAAGAGCUUUCUUACCGCGAAGAUGUCGUGGAGUGAAACGAUGCAAACGUUCCGCGAUUUCUAUGACGUCACCAAUACUUUCGACGAGUUCCUAUGCGAGAUCAGGAACAUAAUCCUGGAUGUGUUGUGCCAAUGUUAAAAAUAAUAGAGUUAUCGAAUU